AUGUAUACUAAAUUUCUUUACACAAGAAGACUUGAAUAAAAGACUUAUGUAGAUCACUUUUUGAAAUUCCUUAUCCCAAUAUCAAAUUAUAAAGUGGUAUGCUUUUUUCAAUCUAAUACUGAAGAAGCUGGGGAGUAUGAAGUUUAUGAAAUUAGAAAGACUGCUCCAAUAGUAAAGAAGUAGAUGAAAGAAAUAGUAAUAAUGAGCGAACCAUUUGAAUAUUCAGAUAGAGAAAUUGGAUUUUUCAAUACUGAAACAUUGUCUUUAUGGAUACUUGACUUUAUGGAUUCAAAAAUAACAAAUACAGAAGUAACUUUGCCUAGUUAAAGAUUAAAUAACUUUUUUACUCCAGAAUUUUUAAACAUUAAUAAAGUAGUUUAUGUGGAUUAAUGUUUAAGGUACAAGUAUUUUUAAGGAAUCUAAAGUUUUAUUACUUUAGAAUAAUUUCAUGUUUUUGCAAGUGAAGAUGCCACUUGUAAUGAAAAUAAUUUUAUAAGUUGGAAUGUAAUAGAAAAUAAAAAGAUUGAUGAAUGUUAGAUAAAUGAAUCAAACUAUCUAGUUUUUGAAGAAUUAUAAAAAUAAAAAAUAAUCUUAAUUUGUAAAUAAGUAUAUUUAGAGGAGGAUUUUACUUUUAGUUUAUGGAUACCAGGUAGCAAUAUUUAUAAAUUUAUUAAUGUAAAAUAGUCUUUAAAUGCAACUAUACUUAAAUCUUUUGAUAAUCAAAAUAAAAUCACAAUAAAAGAAGAAUAACCUGAUGCAUCUUUUAUAAGCAAAAGAAUUAUGAUAACUGCAAAUCCAAAUCAUUAAGCUCAUCCAAUUUUAAUUAAUAUUGAAUGUGAUUAAGAUCUUAAUCUUAAAGACUUUAAUUAUGCUCCUUAUUAGAUAGAUUCGAAAGGAUGUAUAUUAAUAGAGAGUCCAUGGUUGAUAGGAAAUGAUUUAAUAGUCUCUUAUUAUACUCACACCAAUAUUACAAUUGCUGUAUGUGAUAUCAAUAAAUAAUUAGAGCCAUGUAAGUUAAUAAAUUUUAAAUAAGAGUAAAAGGUUUCUAAUUUUUAUUUUUCUUAAAGUCCAAAACAUUUUAUUGAAUUAUUUGAUGAUGCAACCAAAAAUAAAGUAGAGGAAGAAAUUAUAUUACCAAAUCAAACUUAAGAAGUAACACAAUAUUAUCAUCAUUCUUUUGUUCCUAACCAAAUUCAUUUCUUUCAUUAUUUGAUAUCAAAAGGAAUUUAUAAUUAAAUUGGAGAUUUGUGUAUGGAAGUGAUGCAAUUUGCAUUUUCUAGUCCAAUCAAGAAGGAAAAAGAAGAACAUUAGAAUUGA